GUCCAUGCAGUCUUGAGUUUUUGCAAAGCUGCUCUAAGCUGCUGAGCCCAUGUAGUGCCCUGAGCUUCUGCCAUGGAGAGUGGAGUCAGCUAGAUGGUCCAGGAAACACCAGGUCAUACAGGGCUCCUGCACCCACUUGGGCUUUGAAGCAUCAUUAGGCUCACACUGGGGAGGAGCUGCUGCAAUCCCUGCUGUUGUUGAUUCAGACAAGUAGCAGCUUCAGACACAAUGUCAGGCAUGGGAGGUGCACCACACUGCAAAAGUUUCUCGUGAGUUCCUGUGCCUCCUGAAGCCUGUCUGAGGCAGAAGAUCUCCUGAGGCAUGGGGUACCAAGGAGUGCUAGCAAAGAAGGGGCUUUGUGGAGACAUCUUCAAAGGGACAUCAUGCCCGAAGCUUCUUCUGCAAGGAGUUUGAGACCUGGAUCGUUCUUACAUGGAGAUGAGACUGAGUUAACAUGACUUUAUUGAUCAAUGAAAGCUUCUGGAACCUUUCGGAACAGGAGGACCACCUGUUUGGUGGCAAUGGGACACUCAAUGGGACCUCUCUGGCUGAUGGCUUGGACCUGCAGGCGCUUAGUGUUGGCAUUGUCUUGGCUGUUUUUAUAUUGUUUGCUAUUGUGGGCAACAUCAUGGUCAUCUUGUCAGUGGCAUGCAACAGGCAGCUACAGACUGUGACCAAUUACUUCAUCAUCAACCUGGCCAUUGCUGACCUUCUGCUCAGCACCACAGUGCUGCCUUUCUCUGCCACCCUGGAGGUUCUCGGUUUUUGGGCUUUUGGAAGGAUCUUCUGUGACAUCUGGGCUGCUGUGGAUGUCCUCUGCUGCACUGCCUCUAUUAUGAGUCUUUGUAUCAUAUCCAUUGAUAGGUAUGUAGGGGUCAAGUACUCUUGGAAAUACCCAACCAUCAUGACUGAGAAGAAGGCUGUGGUCAUUCUCAUCAUUCUGUGGGUUUCUUCCAUGGUCAUCUCCAUUGGACCUCUCUUGGGAUGGAAGGAACCUCCACCAGCAGAUGACAGCCAGUGCAACAUCACUCAGGAACCGGGCUAUGCCCUCUUCUCUUCCCUCUGCUCUUUCUACCUACCAUUGUUGGUCAUUCUUUUCAUGUAUUUCAAAGUCUAUAUAGUUGCCAGAAGGACCACCAAGAGCUUAGAAGCUGGGGUCAAGAAGGAAAGGAAUAAGUCCAUGGAAGUUGUCCUCAGGAUCCAUUGCAGAAGUAGUGUCAUGGGGGAGUCUAAUGCCAGCUCCAGGUCCAAGGGACAUACCUUCAGGAGUUCACUCUCUGUCAGACUUAUCAAAUUCUCCAGGGAGAAGAAAGCUGCCAAGACGCUGGCCAUAGUGGUAGGGGUAUUUAUUCUGUGCUGGCUGCCCUUCUUCAUCGUGCUGCCCCUAGGGUCAUUUUUUCCUUCUCUGAGACCUUCAGAUGGCGUCUUUAAAGUCAUCUUCUGGUUGGGAUACUUUAAUAGUUGCGUGAACCCUAUUAUAUACCCAUGUUCCAGCAAAGAAUUCAAAAGAGCCUUCAUAAGACUGCUGAGAUGUCGCUGCCGUAGAAAACGGCGUCCUCUAUGGAGGGUCUACGACAAUCAAUGGAGAACUUCUAUGACCAGUUCCAGGAGGGGAUCAGAUGUAGAGCAACCUGCAGAGUUUUCCUCCAGAAACUCUUCGUUUAUUUUCAACCCGGGUAACAAUGGAAUUACUACAAGGAGGAAGAACGGUUGGAAACUCAUCUCUCCUUUCCAAAACUCUUCUUCUCAACUGAAAGAAAAAAUGAACAGCCUUUCUAAUAAAAUAAGGAACAGCUCAACGAAGAGCAACAUGUCGGCGGCCUACAAGAACGAGGUGGAGUCCAUCUCCAUGGCUGUUUCCAAUGACUUUACGGAACUAGAGUAUCAAAUGUAUGACCUAGCAGACUGUUGCGGGCUACGAGAAACUGAUAUCUAGAUAUAUCUAUAUUGUCCUGAUUUUAUUGUUGUUUCUUUUUGCGGGGGGGGGGGG